UCUUAAUAGUGACAAUGAAGAAAAUAUACAUUAUAUAAAUUUUAAAGGAGCACAUAGAAACAAUCAUCAUAUUAUUAAUAAUAAUAAUAAUAAUAAUAAUAAUAGUGAUUAUCAUAAUAAUAAUAAUAGUGAUUAUCAUAAUAAAGAUGUAGAAUCAACACAAAGUAGUAGUAUUAGCAAUAUGUCUGAUAAUUAUGAUUGUAAUUAUUGUUCAUCAACAAUUAUUGAUUAUAAUGAUGAGAUGAAUAAUUCUCUUUUAAAUUAUUCUUCAUUUAGUUAUAAAAGAAAUAAUAAAUUUUAUAAAGAUAAUUAUAAAAAUAAUAUAUCUAUUAAUAAUAUACCUAUAAAUGUUGAAGUUAUUAAAUGUUUAUAUAAAUCUAUUUUAAAUAAUUGUCUUCAUUAUAUUGUAAGAAUUAGAUGUAUUUAUUCUUUAUGUUUUAUUCAUAAUAAAUAUAUAUAUACUCAAAAAAUUAUUCAAAAUUUAUUUCUAGAAUAUAUUAAUACAUAUUAUGAUAAUAAUCUUAACCAAAAAAAAUUCUUACAUGCAUUUUAUAUUGCCUUAUCACUUUUAAGAAAUAAAAAAAACACAACUCCAAAAAUUAUCAUCUUUCUCUUAUUAAAAAAAUGUAAAAACUUUGUUCUUUCUUUAAAUAUAAAUGAUAUAUAUUAUUUUAAUCACAAUCUCAAAAAUUCGUAUUCAAUAAUUCAAGCCCCCCAAAAAAAAAUUUCUAUUAACAAAUGUGACGACAUUCAACUGUUUAAUGGAAUAUGCAACAUGCAUGCGCAGGAUCUACAUCUUGAUUCAAGUGCACCUCUCAAUUGCAUAAAAAUAAUAAAUAAAAAAGAAGAUAAUAAAGAUGACGAAGAAAAGGAACCAUUUGAUAAUAGUAAAAAAUAUUUUCAUGAUAAAUCAUAUUAUAAUAAUGAUAAUAAUAAAAAUAAUACAAUAGAUGAGCAAUAUGAACCUACAUGUGAUAUCAAAACUAAUGAUGAUAUAAUAAAAAAUAUAAUAAGAAUAACAGGAGGAAAGGGUUUAAACAAACAAACAAAAAAUGAAGAUAAUAAUAAUAAUAAUAAUAAUUAUUAUUAUUAUAAGGACAACUCCACAUAUAAUCAUAAUAUUUAUUUUCAUAAUUCCAACAAUGUAUUAAAUAAAGAAAAACAAAAUGAUGUGCUUAAUGAUAAUAUAGAAUAUUUAUAUGACAAAAAAGAAAUUAUAAAAAAAG